GUGUAGCCCUUUGAGUUAUCUCAUACUUAUCUUUGCUCUUUGUUAGCUAAAGUUGGUUCAAAAAUGGCUACCAAAGCUGCCCCUUCUUGUCCAGCGCCGAUGAAGGCGACGUCGAACGGAGCUUUCCAGAACGAAAAUCCACUCGAUUUCGCUCUUCCAUUGCUCAUCGUUCAGAUAAUUUUGGUGGUCAGUGUUAGCCGACUCCUUACUUUUGCUCUUCGACCUUUAAGGCAACCUAGAGUCAUUGCAGAGAUCAUUGGAGGAGUUUUGCUUGGUCCCUCAGCCUUGGGAAGAAACCAAAAGUUUCUAGACAUAGUUUUCCCCAAGAAAAGCAUGACCGUGUUGGAGACCUUAGCCAACAUUGGCCUCCUUUACUUCUUGUUUUUGGUCGGACUCGAGCUCGACAUUCGAGCAAUUCGUCGCACCGGAAAGAAUACCAUGGUAAUAGCCGCUGCAGGGAUCACUCUUCCAUUUAUUUUUGGCAUUGGUACAUCUUUUGUUCUUCGUUCCACAAUCAACAAAGGAGUUAGCAACAUGGUCUUCCUUGUUUUCAUGGGCGUUGCUCUCUCUAUAACGGCGUUUCCUGUCCUCGCUCGUAUUCUGGCUGAGCUCAAGCUCCUAACGACCGAUGUCGGGCGGAUUGCAAUGUCUGCAGCUGCUGUCAAUGAUGUUGUGGCUUGGAUACUUCUCGCACUCGCUAUUGCACUCUCGGGAUCCGAAAGUUCUCCUCUCGUAUCCUUAUGGGUACUCCUUUGUGGAAUGGCUUUCAUUGUGUUUUCCAUUUUCGUACUGAAACCGAUACUUUCAGUGAUGGCUAGGCGAUCCCCUGAUGGUGAGCCAGUGAAGGAGCUCUACAUUUGUAUUACAUUAUCACUAGUACUGGCUGCAGGUUUCAUCACGGAUAUCAUAGGGAUUCAUGCACUGUUUGGUGCUUUCGUGGUCGGCAUAAUAGUGCCGAAAGACGGUCCAUUUUCCGGCGUGUUGAUAGAGAAGAUCGAAGAUCUAGUUUCGGGGCUUUUCUUGCCGCUUUACUUCGCAUCUAGUGGAUUGAAAACCAAUGUUACAACUAUAAAAGGUGCACAAUCAUGGGGUUUGCUAGUGCUUGUUAUAUUCAAUGCUUGUUUAGGGAAGAUUGUUGGCACAGUUGGUUUAGCAAUGUUGUUCAAGGUACCUUUCGUUGAAGCUUUGUCACUUGGUUUCCUUAUGAACACCAAAGGCCUCGUCGAGCUAAUCGUCCUCAAUAUCGGCAAGGACCGCAAGGUGCUUACAGACCAAUCAUUCGCUAUCCUAGUCCUAAUGGCAUUGUUCACAACCUUCAUCACAACACCAAUUGUGAUGGCGGUUUACAAGCCUGCCAGAAAGGGAACGCCUUACAAGCAUCGAAGGAUUCAGCGGAAAGACCUCGAUACCGAGCUUCGGGUCCUGGCUUGUUUCCAUAGUACUCGUAACAUCCCAACGUUGAUUAAUCUGAUCGAGUCGUCUCGAGGGAUUCGGAAGAAGGGACAGCUCUGUGUAUACGCUAUGCAUCUUAUGGAACUAUCGGAACGGUCAUCAGCCAUUUCGAUGAUCCACAAAGCCCGGAAAAACGGACUACCCUUCUGGAACAAGAAACGUGGGGACCAUGAUCAAAUGGUGAUUGCAUUCGAGGCAUAUCUGCAGCUAAGAAGUGUCGUUAUCCGCCCCAUGACCGCAAUCUCACCAUUGCAUAGCAUACACGAAGACAUCUGCACCUGUGCAGAACGAAAGCGAGCUGCGUUGAUUAUCAUGCCAUUCCACAAGCAUCAAAGAGUAGAUGGAACAAUGGAGUCUUUAGGACACUCAUUCGAUUUAGUCAACCAACGUGUCCUCAGACAUGCCCCUUGCUCGGUCGGUAUCCUUGUUGACCGUGGGCUUGGUGGCACCACUCAAGUCGUCGCCAGUGAAGUGUCGUACUCGGUGGUUGUUCCUUUCUUCGGCGGCCAAGACGACCGUGAAGCACUUUCAUACGGAAUGAGGAUGGCCGAGCAUCCUGGAAUCAAGCUCACUGUCCUAAAAUUCACUACCAAGCCCGAAACAGAACCGGAUCCUUCCAGGGCCGAUGCCUCAACCGAAUCCAUAAAAGACAAAGAGAUCAUCUCAGAGCUAGUUACCUUCAAGCUAAAGAACGAGUCUGUAAAACGUGAAGAGAUAACAAUGGGAAGCAAAGAAGAAAUAAUUGCUGGUUUGAGAUCAAUGAACAGCUCUACACUGUUUUUGGUCGGAAGAACGUCACCGGCAAUGCCCUUGUCGGAGCGGAGUACGGAUUGUCCAGAACUAGGCCAUGUGGGGAGCUAUUUAGCCUCAUCGGACUUCUCCACUACUUCAUCCAUUUUGGUUAUCCAACAAUAUAACCCUUCCAUAAACGACAUGGAAAAGCAUCCAGAUGUCGCCAAUGCGGCUUCAGAUAAUGUAACAGAGUUAAGUAAUGUGUGA